AGAAAGAAGAAAAAGAAAAACCAGUACACAUUUUCCUUCACUUGCAUUUCCCUUUUCUAUUUCACACAAUCACUCUAAACUUAACUCUAUGAGUGGAAGAAGAAGCCAAACCAGCCCGGUUGGAAGCCCUUUGUCUGGGAAUGUCUCAGACAGCUCUUCCAAAGAGCAAGACAGGUUCCUCCCCAUUGCUAACGUGAGCCGUAUCAUGAAGAAGUCCCUCCCUGCAAAUGCCAAGAUCUCAAAGGAAGCCAAGGAAACUGUCCAGGAGUGUGUGUCUGAGUUCAUAAGCUUCAUCACGGGCGAAGCGUCCGACAAGUGCCAGAGGGAGAAGAGGAAGACUAUCAAUGGAGAUGAUCUUCUUUGGGCUAUGACAACCCUGGGAUUUGAGAAUUAUGUAGGACCCUUGAAAGGGUAUCUCAACAAGUAUAGGGAGACCGAGGGGGAGAAGAACUCCAUGGCUCGACAAGAAGACCCUUCUCAACAACAGGAGCAUCAUCACAACACUUCAAACCCCAAUCUGCAGCAUGGUUCUAACAAUGAUCAAAUGAACACAGUUCUUAAUGCCAAUAAUAUUUCUAUGUCAAUCUCCAAGGUGGAUCUUUUCAAUGGUGGCUUCUAUUCACUUGGGGGACAACAGCAACAACAAGAAGUGACUCAAAACUACAAUUUGGUGAGUGCUGCGGCUUACAAUUUGAGUAGGAUUCAUGAGGGUGGAGAUGGGAAUGGAAACAGAGAUUUGGCAACUCAUCAUCUUCAUAAUGGGAUAGGAUGGUAGAUAUUGAAAUUUAUACAAGAGGUACCUUAAAAUAUUAUAUAUAUAUAUAUAUAUGUUUAAUUUUAUAUCUUUGUUGCAUUUAGUUGACAAUUUAUUUAACAGUACUUGUUGGAGAUGCUUUUGCUCAAUAUAUGAAGAUCAGAGAGCUUUGGAGAGUUCAUUUCCAUGAAAU